AUGUUUCGGAGCCUGCUGGUGGCGGCGGCGCAGCGGCCCCAGGCCCCGGGCGGGCCCCCCCGGCCGCCGCCCGCCGCCGGCCCCGCCGCCGAGGCGCUGGAGGCGCAGUUCAGCUGCCCCAUCUGCCUGGAGGUCUUCCACCGCGCCGUCGGCAUCGCGGGCUGCGGACACACGUUUUGCGGGGAGUGCCUGCAGCCCUGCCUGCAAGUGCCAUCCCCGCUUUGCCCGCUCUGCCGCAUGCCCUUCGACCCUAAGAAGGUGGAGAAGGCUUCCAGCGUGGAGAAACAGCUUUCAUCCUACAAGGCUCCCUGCAGAGGCUGCAGCAAGAAGGUGACCCUCGCGAAAAUGCGCUCUCACGUCUCAUCCUGCGCGAAGGUGCAGGAGCAGAUGGCCAACUGCCCCAAGUUCGUUCCAGUUGUCCCCACGUCCCAGCCUAUCCCCAGCAAUAUUCCCAAUCGCUCGACGUUUGUGUGCCCGUACUGCGGAGCCCGGAACCUGGACCAGCAGGAGCUGGUGAAGCACUGCAUGGAGAACCACCGUAACGACCCCAACAAAGUGGUGUGCCCAGUCUGCUCAGCCAUGCCCUGGGGGGACCCCAGCUACAAGAGCGCCAACUUCCUCCAGCACCUCCUCCACAGGCACAAGUUCUCCUACGACACCUUCGUGGACUAUAACAUCGACGAGGAGGCAGCAUUGCAGGCUGCCCUGGCACUGUCACUCUCCGAGAACUGAGGGUGGCUGCGGAGCAUCGGUUCGGACCCCCCCUCACACCCCGUCUCCUUUUGCACACUCGGCCUUCCUGCCGGGGAGGCCCGGAGCUCAUCAACCCCCCGGCACACCCAGAGACACGCUGCCGCCUCUCUUCCCUCUCCUCUCUGGGCAAAUCCCACCUUGUUUAAGAAGGUGGAGUCUCUUUAGCGUCACACUGGACCGGUGAGUGAGCAGAGACGUCCGCUGCUGGGAGGAGAGAGGAGUUGGCGCCAAAGGGCUGGGAUUGCUCCUUGGUUAGGCGUUUCGUAUCCAUAUACGGAGUAUAUACCUGUAUCCAGAUCUAUUUAUUAUUAGAUGCUUUUUGGCACCAUCUGUCUUCACGCUCUCUGUUGCAAUUGAAUAGGUACAUAAAACUAUGAUGCAUUUUAUGCAGAAAUGCCCUAGUUUGAAACUGCAAUCAUCCAUGUCCUUUUUGAAAAGGAAGAAAAUGGCACGGAGCAUCUUUUUUUAAACCCUACAAGGCUAUUUCCAGAGACGUCGGUCUGUCCCGUCCCUCACGCUGCAGGCAGGAGCUGCCUCCUUUUCCUGCUACUGUGCAGGCCAGGCUGAAUCCUGGGGCAAAACGGUUGCCUUCGUGUGCCCUGUGAUGGCAGUGGGUUCGGAGGAGUCCGCAGGGAUGGCGUCUGGCGUCCGGUGAAACUCUCAUCUUCCUCGUUUUGUACCGGCUCUUGUGAUACUGAGUUCUUGCAUUUUUCUACAUAAAGGCGUGAUGCCUUUUCCACGUUUUAUAAAGCGGGAACAGAAGCUGUUACUCUUCACACUGCAAUAUCCGUCACUGGGGACAAGAGUAUUUUUAUGGAACAUUAUUAAGAAAGUAUAUUUUUAAAAAAAAAAAACCAAAUUGAACGUGCUGUGGAUUUGAAGUGAGGCAGGAGCCGGACCCUGGGCUGGCGCAUGGGACUCUGCGGGGGCUGUGGGAAGCGCGCGGGCGUCCUCUUUGGUUAUUUCUGGGCCAUUCCCUUCCUGUGUUGGUGUGUUUCUCCGCAGGCGGGUGGUGAUGCGGGAGGGGCCGGGUCAGAGCAGCACCUCGUCGGCUGGAGUGCCGAGCGGCUCGCCGGGCUGCCUUUUUGAGGAGCAGCAGCACCGCUUGCAUUCUCUGCUUGGCUGGCGUUCCCUGCUUGGCCAGCCGUGUUCUCUGAGCUGCUAACCCUCUCCAGGAUGUGUGGUCGGACUCGGGAUGGCUUAACCCUUGCAGGCAGAGCUCUGCGGCAGUGCUGGAUGUGCCUGGAGUGGUGGUUUUCUGUCUGCGAACAUGCAGUGAGGGAGU